AUGUCUAAAUUGGGCAGUCUUAUCAAUAUACUGGAUCAAAGUGUUCUCACGGAUGGGCUGGAUAAAUGGGAAUGGCUCGGUAACAAAGAUGGUGCGUUUUCUGUCGGUUCGGUUAAGAAGUUGUUGACGAAGGGUGUUAAUCACAAUAGCUCUUUUAUGCUUGACUGGUGUAAAUGGGUGCCAGCGAAGUGCAAUGUUCACGUCUGGAGGGCAGAGCUGGGAAUAAUUCCUACGAGAGAUGUUCUCAGAGCCAUGAAUAUAUGUGUGGAAGAGGAGGGAUGCCCUUUAUGUCUGAGUUGUCCGGAAACGACGGAUUAUUUGUUUACUAAAUGUGGGAUGGCAAUUGUUCUGUGGCAGCACGUGAGUGCGUGGUGCAAGGUUCAAAGCAUCUUCAUUUUUUCGGUUAGAGAUUGGGUCGAGGUGCACAAUCUCCUUGGGUUACAAGAGCCGGAGAAAAGCUAUUUCCAUGGUAUUAUGUAUAUUGGCAUAUGGAGUCUAUGGAGAGCUAGAAACAAAUCGACUUUCCAGAAUAGAAGGAUGCAGGUCGAAGAGGUGAUCAGCGAAGUCAAGACAUUGGGGUUCCUAUGGCUCAAAAAUAGAUUGAAACUUAAGAGUUUAUCCUUAGAAAACUGGGGUAAAUUUGUAAUUAUGUAG